CGUUCACACCAAAAGAUGCAAAAAGUUGCCGCGCAGCACGAUCCCAUUCAAAGUGAAUGUAGAGACGCGUUGCUGCUUUGCUGCCGCAGCACUUGCUGCCGAGAAAACCGGCAGCAAAAUUUGAUUUGCGGCACGGCAAAAUCUGAUUUGCAGCGCAGCACGCCCGUGCCCGCUGCCGGGCACGGGCGGCGGGCGCGUUCACGUAUUUUGCGGCACGUCAAAUGCUGCUCGAGUUGAAAUAUUUCAACUUUUCUGCAGCAAACGCGUGAUGACAGCCAAUCAGCGUUCAACAGCGUUGCUACUGAGGCGUUGCCACUGAGUGACAUGCCGUAACAGCCAAUCAGUGUUACUCCCUUGGAGUGACCUAGAGUUCACUACCGUUACAUUUAUUUAGUAACUCGAAAAAACCCACAAAUCAGCAUUUUGUAGUGUAGUUGUGUUUACAGUUAAACUAAACUAUGAGUAUGCUAAAGGAAUAGAAUAACAACCCCAAACAAAACCCAGUUGGGUAGCAGGCAGCACCAGCCUUCCAGGCUCCGAAUGGUCUCAUGAACCCAUAAACGAGGGGCAUUCCGACGUCUCUCACUCUUCCACAACAGGUAAAGACAUGCAAUGCUCAUAAUGUCGGCCAUGGUUGUGAAUGAAUUCAGAAGCACCGCGGGCAAAACUUGCCCUGCCGCGAAACUUCCCGCGCUGCAAAACUGCGGCGCAGCAAAACUUUUGCUGCGCGUCAAAACCUUUGCUGCGCCGCAAAACCUUUGCUGUGCCGCAAAACUUUUGCUGCGCAGCAAAACUUGAUUUGCUGCGCCGCAAAACUUCGGCGACAACGCGUUCGGGCAGCAAAUGCAUCUUUUGGUGUGAACGCAGGGUUAGAACCACAGUUUAACGUACUUUUUACUGCUUGAUUGUUCAAGUAAAUAAAUCAUCAACCCGAUCAAUAAACGUCUCUUGGUUUUCGAGUCAAGAUAACAAGGCACCGGUACACCUCGGAAGUGGUGAGAAAGAUAUCACAAGCUGUGUCAAUGGGACCAGUCGAAAAACAUCUGGUUAGCCACUACAGUUAGUCAAUGAUGCCGCUACCUUACACCUUCUAAUAGAAUUAAGAAGCUCAUUGAGGAGGCGCUUGGCGCAGUGGAGCGCCAAACGCAACAAACUUUCGAACAAAGAAACAAAGACACUGAACCACAACGGAGGUAUGUGUGCUUUUUUUUGAUUGAAUUGGAUUAUAUAUGAACUGAACUGUUGGACACCUUUUUUGUGGAACUUUUGAAGCUUUGGUUACGGAGUAUUUUUGAGUUAUAGCCCGACGUUCAUUGUUUGAUAUGACGCCAGCUGAAAUGAAGACUCCUAUGCAGUAACGCAAUUAACGAAACCUGAAGUAAGGAUUGUAUGGAUUAAAGAAGAUUUUUUCGUUAAACCAAAUGGAUAAUUUUGAUGUACUAUUUUCUGUCGAACGAAACUACCCCUUAUUGGAAUAGGAUGGCGGAUUCCGAUCAGGAUUUAGGUUUGGGCCCACCCGAGACAGACCUCAAGGAAACGUCUGAGAAGUUACGCUCCACUAGAUCGGGUAAACUGUCGCAUCUCACUAGGAGAAGGAAUAUUGUGGAUACUUUGAUGGAUGAUGAAACACAUUUGGAAGAAAUUAAAGGAAAUAUGGACAAGUUUAAUGCUAUGUUUGAUGAAUUCAAAUCCAAUCACGAGUCUUAUCAAGCAACGUUAAGCGAUGAGGACAGAAGUAACGAUACAACAUCCUGGUAUAUACCGAAGCUUGAACAGAUUAAUGCUUUUAUGGAUAAUGUCGCAAAGUGGAUAGCUGCUACAGAAAGACAGGACACUGAACAUGAUGUGCCUGUGUCUUCUUCUGGCUUGGAAAUAAGUGCUGACGUGAAGUUUCGACCUCCUGAUGAUAGGAGCUUUCUAUACAGUGACCGAGAGUCGACGGUCAGUAGACGAUCAGUUUCAUCCACUGAAUCUGUGUGCAUCCGUGUGGAGGCAGAAAGAGCAGCUCUACUAGCUAAGGUCGCAACUUUGCAAGAAAAGCAUGCUUUAGAGGACCAACAAGAGCAAUUAGAUUGUCAAAGAGAAAAGCUCAGAAAGAGAAUGGAGACUCUAGACUUAGAAACUGAAUUGGAUGCUACUACAGCCAAAAUUGAAUACUUGAAAAAUGCAGAAUCACAAGCUGUUAAGGGAAAUGCAUUAGAUGCGAUGAAUACAUAUCUGGAAGAAAAUGUUGAAAGUGUUUCUUUGCCGUUUUUGGAACAAUUGAGGGAUACAAGGCUUAAGGAUGGAGUUCAGGUUCAAUUCCCUGUUUCACAUACUUUACCUAGAACACCAAGAGUUCAGUAUUCAAUGCGUGAACAGAGCAUUUACCCUCUUCAAGCACCAUCUAGAAGCUCAGUUCCAAACCCAGGACAAGAAUCAGAUAAUCUUUCCAAAAUUCUUGAAAAGCAAAAUCAAUUGACAAGCCUCUUAAUAAAACAGCAGAUGUUGAAUACUUUGCCCAAAGGAGAUCUUACAGCGUUUGAUGGAAACGUAUUGCAAUUAGGGAUGCAAAUUAUCGAGUAAUUCAUUAAUCGAUAGUUGUUUCAUCUUAUCGAUCGAUGAUCGAUUAAUUGAUAAGCGGCAAUUCUUCUGAGAAGCUGAAUUUCCUUCUGAAUGUGAUACAUUUAGGUGGCAAUUCAACAAAGUCGUUUAAUUGUACUUUAAAAUACUUCCACAUAUUGGCCCUCAUUUAUCAAACGAGCGUACGACAGAAAACGUGCGUAAAAUGGACGUACGCUCAUUUCAACGUUGAGCUUGGCAUUUAUCAAUUUGAACGUGAGCGCAGGCUGCGAUGAAAUCUCACGUCAGGUCUGAGCUCGUGUACGCACGUUUUUUUUGGCGCAACACACGGGUAUUUCACUGAUGAAUAGUGCAGCACAAGUAGCCCAUGUUGCACAUCUGUAUUAAUUACUAAAUAAAUUGGAAUUAGCCCAGCCGUUCAAACAAUUACAAUCAAGUCAGCCCUAAUUAAAAACAGUAUUGCUAUGAAAAUAAUUAGAAUGUGACAGGUGAAAUGUUUAUUCAGCUGUCUAUAUAAACAGGUGCUUUGGCAAAUAGGUGGUCGAGUCGCAGCGAUGGCAGAUCUGGCUCUGUUAGAGGACCUCAACGCACGUCUAAGACGAGAGAGUUUUUCGAGACCGCGCCGAUUUUUUUAUGGAGAACGAUGAAUGGCUCUUGAGUCGUUUUCGUCUCCCAAGGCAUCUCCUGAUGGAGCUAUGCAAUGCUUUGGAGCCACAGUUAAGGCGAGAAACUAGGCGAUCAAACGCAAUACCUGUGCCAGUGCAGGUGUGCUCUACCUUGGGGUUUUUGGCCACCGGGACCUUUCAGCGGGAGAUCGGGGACAGGUCUGGUAUUUCCCAGCCAAGUAUUAGCCGAACCAUGCCAGCAGUUUUGGCAGCUAUACUGUCCCUCUCUGAACGUUAUAUUAAAUUCCCAUACACUAACGAUCAGCAAACUGGAAUCAAACGGGAUUUUUAUGCUAUUGCUAGGUUUCCAAAUGUGAUUGGUGCGGUUGAUUGUACCCAUGUGCGUAUGAAUGAUUACGCGUACAUCAACCGCAAAAGCUACCAUUCAGUUAAUGUUCAGAUUAUUUGCGAUGCCAGAAUGUCAAUCCUGAACAUGGUAGCCCGAUGGCCUGGGGGCACGCACAAUUCUUUUAUUUUCCAAAAUAGCAACGUUGGCCAUCGUCUACAUCAGGGCGCACUUCAUGGUCAGAGUCAUCUCCUCUGUGAGUUACGCUGCAGUCGCACUUUUUUUUCUCUUAAAACGUUUAAGACAUCGCACUAAAAGUUUGAUGUGAUUCAUCUAGGUGACAAAGGCUAUGCCCUGAACGAGUACCUAAUAACUCCUCUGGCUCAUCCGAACACGGAUCAGGAGCGCAACUUCAACAGUGCUCACACGCGCACACGGGCAACGGUGGAGUGAUGUAGGCCUACUCAAGGGCAGGUGGAUGUCCAUCGGGUCAGCAGGGGGAACGUUGCUCUACAGCCCAGAAAAGACAUGCAAUAUUAUUUUAGCAUGUGGGGUUCUGCAUAAUAUUGCGCUGGCAAAUGGGGUGCCAUUUGCCGACCUGCAGCUAGAUGACCCGAUGCCCAGAGAUCCCUGGCCACAGGCGCCACAUGCUCGAGCUCUACGACGAAGGGAGGAUUUAAUUCGGCUCUUCUAAUAUCUAAGGGACUUCUGCAGUCAAGACCGAUGAAGGCAGACCAGCAAUUCGGCCAGACACGCGUUCCGGCUGCUUCGGCGGCGGCGGCCCUUCCGUUUCUUCAACUGGGCUUGGCUCUGUUCCCAUUUUGGAUGAACCUGCUUGCAUUUCAUCUUUAAAAAUAAAAAGCAAUCGUGAGAUUA